UUUGACCUUCUUUUUUGACCUCACCAGCCAGACUUUGCACCAAAUGAGUGUGGACAACUCGGGAUUUUUGAAGCUAUUCGCCGAAACUCCAGAUGAUAAGAAACGCAUCUCUCUCCUCCAUUAUGCCUACUUUCAUGCCAAGAAUUCCAGCGACAAGGAAGACAGCUGGGAGUCUCUCUCUGGAACUGUAACUACUGAAAAUCAUGGUUUGGAACGCCCAAUUUUGACUCUGAUUGCGGACGACAUACAGUGCAUGGAGACGUCAAACUUCUUGGCUGAAUUGAUCGCUUGUUCGGCCUACAAGUCGUUCGCUAGUCGCACCCACCCGAAGCAGGUGCAGAAUUUGGUGAAGAUGUUUCCCUACACUUCUUCUGCAUCGGAAGGAGACAUUGCGAAUAGAGAUUGUGCUCAGUAUUUGUUCCGGGACAAAGAAAACAAACCAGUUUCAAGUGGGGGUGGAGCUGGAGCAGAAGGGGGAGAGGGAGGGGGAAGCAAUGUGGAUGGGGGGAGACCAACAGCAUUUCACAUGGUGGGAAACAGUAUUUCCGAAGAACGAAGUCUACUCGUAGCUGUUGCAUGCACACGAAUACCACAGGUCGCAGAUUACUUUGGGCCGAAAUGUCCCAACCAAAAACUGUUCGCUGCCACUGCCAAGCUGAUCGACAAAGCUAAACACGAGAACGCGAAACGAACCCUCAACGACAUUUUCAACAGCGACUCCAACUGGAAACGACUCAAAAACGGGCGACUGUCCUUCAAACAUCUCUCGUCUUAUAACCCUAGUGGAAAUCCGCCCAAAAACAGGGGGAAAUAUCUACCAAAAAGUUCAUCUUUGGUGUUUCUGAAAAAUAACAAAGAUGACCAGAAGUGUCCCAUACUUUGGUUCAAACUCUGCUCCUUCAUUCGAGAGUUGAGUGACCUCAAAAAGAACACUGCCUCUUCAAGGUUCUACACCGAAAGUCGAGACGCCCUAGUCGAAAUGUGUGAAGUGUUCUGCACGCACCUUAUGCAACAAGUGCACUUUGUUCUUGAGUCCUUCUGGGAACUUUGUGAGAUGGGAUCAUCGGCGCCCUAUGUGCCGCCCAGAAAUAGCCAACAAGGUGUGAUUUGUUCUAAAAAUGGGCUGAAAACUCUCAAUCAACGGGCGGAACCGAAAGAACGAUUGCUGCUGGAGUGUUUCCUCAAAACUCAAAUUGCGGUGGAGUCGUUGGGGUUCGAAAUGCCGCCAGCCUACUCAGACUUUGUUUUUUCAUUGGGAAUCAGAUCAUACAGUCUGUCCUACUUCAGCGCCAUGUUAAACGGAGGAGUGUUCAAGCUGUCUCCACAUUCUUGCAGAAGAGUCUUUGAAGAGUUGGAUGAAAAUCAAGGCGUGAACGAUCAAUCUCCGUCUUCAAACGAUGACUCAUCAUCAAAGCAAAAGGAAGUGUUUUCAUUUAAACACGACAUUCUUCUUAGAUACGACUCUUUGUGCCCUCUAGCAGAUAUUCAAACUGUUGUGAACUGGGAACCGGGCAAGCGAAUUUGCCAGGAGAUGGCACUGAUGAAAAAACUAUCUGAAGUCACCGGCUAUUUCGACCGCGGACCCCUACCUGCUCCCCCGAACCCCUUCCCGUCAUUCGGCUCAUCCACAUCUCUCGGCAGCUCCGAGAGCAGCGAGAGCUUCGACAAAGCCGAGAGCCCCGAAGGUGGUCCCUCUGUACCUGUAGAUUUAGUCAGUGAAGCCAGGACGAAUUUCAGAGCGUACAUUUCGUCUAAGCUGGGCAAAAACAAGGCAUCCCAAUAUUUCGUCACGCCGCCUCCGGGUGAAAAUACCACAUCUCAAAUUGACGACAGUUUGUGGUUCUAUGAUUAAAGUGAUUACGAAGCUUUUUUUUAUUCAUUACUUCUCGAAAUAUUUAUUUAGAUAAGUUAUAAACUGUUAAAUAUCCAUGAAAGUUGAUGAAAGUUUUGAAUGGCCACCAGUU